AUCUCUCGUGGCCCAUUGUCGCCAUGUCCCUGCUGUGCCCGUUGUUGCUGGCUCUGGCCCUGGUGGCCAUCCCAGGUGCCCGCGGCGCCUGCCCGGUGCCCGCAAGCCUGAAGCUGGAAGACGGGACGCGCACGUGCGCCAAGAUCUAUGACAAGAGUGAUGCCUACUAUGACAAUUGCUGCCAGGGGGCAGAGCUGUCCCUGGAGCCGGAAACCGACCUGCCCUAUCUGCCCUCGGACUGGAACAACAAGGCAUCAUCUCUGGUAGUGGGCCAGCGCUGCGAGCUCACUGUGUGGUCUCAGCCUGGCAAGCAAGGCAAGUCGCGCAAGUUCUCUGCGGGCAGCUACCCCCGCCUGGAAGAGUACCGCAGAGGCCUCUUCGGAGACUGGUCCAACGCCAUCUCUGGCCUCUACUGCAAGUGCUCUUGAGGCCUCCAAGGCCUGUGAUCUCCAAUUCCCAGAGCGCUGAGCCGGCCCUGCCUGACCUUGGGGAUUGCUGUGGCCCCAAGAGCCAGGAGACCAGGUGGCCCUGCUGCCUGACUUCACAGCUGCCCUGUAAUACAGCCUUGAGAAGUUA